AUGGUUAUCACACAUACCACCGAGCACGAUGAAACCUCUAUUGGUCUCUACACUGAGUGGCUACAAAUGUUCCCUCCAAAGCCUAGUAGGCCUUCCGUUAGCUAUGAUAGGCCUGAGUCGGCCACGGCAUCCCCGGACGACGACUGUGCUUUUGAAUACGCAGAGGAAGAGUCAUUCGCCGAGGAACACCAGGAUACAAUGGACGGAGAUAUCCAGGAACAAGUAGAAGAGCAAGACUUAAGAAUGGACACGCUAAGUGUCAUUCAUGGCGGGAAUGGGACGAGCCUCGAGGAGAGUUCGACAGACCCCAGACUUAUAAGCAAGGUUUUUACCGAGUGCGUUGAUUCGUCCACUCCACGAUAUAAGUGA